AUGACAGGCCCUGCUGAUGCGUCUUCAUCCAAGACGCCCAUUGAUAUCACGUCUCCAUUCUUCCUCACUCCUGCUGAUCAUCCAGGCCAAAAUUUUGUUGGAGAAAAUUUGCUCCAUGAUGGAAAUUACAGUGAUUGGCAAAACAAGAUGACAAAUGCAUUGUUUGCCAAAAACAAGAUGGGUUUUGUUGAUGGCACAAUGCCAAUGCCAAAAGAAGAUUCUGAUGAGCUGAUGAAUUGGAGGAGAUGCAACACAAUGGUUCGAGGAUGGCUGGUAAGCUCAAUGGAAAAGGAGAUUAAGAGAAGUGUCAAGUAUGCAGCCACUGCACGCGAUAUUUGGGUGGACCUUAAAGAACGCUUUGGAAAAGAAAAUGCCCCCAAAGCAUAUGAGCUGAGAAGAACCGUCACCACCAUACGUCAAGGAGAUAUGUCUAUAUCUGCAUACUACACAAAGCUUAGUAGUGUAUGGGAUGAAAUACAAUCUAUAAGUCCCACACCCUCCUGUGUUUGUAAAGGCUGCAAAUGCGACGUUAACAAAGAGUUCAUGAAGCUUCGAGAGAAAGAAAGAUUAUAUGACUUCCUAAUGGGACUAAAUGAUGGGUAUAACGCUGUCAAGACACAAAUUUUGAGUUCCACUCCGUUACCAUCUCUUAGUAUUGCCUACCAUCUGGUCAGCCAAGAUAAACAACAAAGAAUUGUUGGGAUGAAUCGUCAUGCUGGUGGUGAUGUAGCAGCCUUCUAA